GAAUAAAUAAAGUCUCCAGCGCUCAGGUGAAAAAGUUGCACAUUUCCAAUUAGGGAGAGCAUCAGUUACUACCUCACAACUAGAAGAUCUCUUCUACAGCUAAAGCACCAGCAACAACAAUGCAGCUACAAACCCACUAGCCGUGAGUAAAGGCGUGCAACAACUCUAAAGGACUAGCUUGGAGCGUUUGACAACAUCCCUCCCACUAGGAUCCCCCUCCCUCCCAAAAUAAAAAACUAAGCACGGCAACGAUGUAAGUGAUGCGCGUUUUUCAAAUUUCGAAAAUUUUCCACGUCUUGCUAUCGUUAGGGGAUUGAAUCUCGUGCGCUUGAAGUGCUAAGAUCCCAAAGCUUUUGACUUUAAGACCUUUCUCUGAAAUGCAAUCUCUUGGAUUUGCAUUUUUCAAAUUUCGAAACUUUUCCACGUUUUUUCGUCGUUUUGGGGUUGAAUUCUGUGCGCUUGGAGUGCUAAGGCCCCAAAGUUUUUGACUUUAAGCCCUUUCCCUGCGAUUCAGUUUCCUGGCUUCGCGUUUUUCAAAUUUCGAAAAUUUGCCACGUUUUUUCGUCGUUUUGAGAUUGAACCCCGUGGGUUUGAAGUGCUAAGGCCCGAAGACUCUGGAUUUUAAGCCCUUGCCCUGGGAUUCAAUUUCUUGGGUUAGCGUUCUUCAAAUUUCGAAAAUUUUCCAUGUUUUGCCGUCGUUUUGGAGUUGAAUUCUGUGCGUUUGAAGUGCUAAGACCCCAAAGCCUUGGACUGUAAGCCCUUUCCCGCAGAUUCAAUCUCUUGGAUUUGCGUCUUUCAAAUUUCGAAAAUUUUCCACGUUUUGUCGUCGUUUUGCGAUUGAGUUCUGCGAUUGUGAAGUGCUAAGACCCCAAAGUUUUUGACUUUAAGCCAGCGCCUUCACUGCGAUUCAAUUUCUUGGAUUUGAGUUCUUCAAAUUUCGAAAAUUUUCCACGUUUUCGCAUUGUUUUCUUGGUUUCCUGGUCUCUUGGUUUCCUGGUUUCCUGGUUUCCUGGUUCCCUGGUUCCCUGGUUCCCUGGUUCCCUGGUUUCCUGGUUCCCUGGUUCCCUGGUUCCCUGGUUCCCUGGUCCCCUGGUUUCUUGGUUUCUUGGUUUCUUGGUUUCCUGGUUUCCUGGUUUCAUGGGUUUGCUUCAUGGGUUUCAUGGGUUUGCUUCAUGGGUUUCGCGGGUUCAUGGGUUUGGGGUUUGUUGGUUUUUGUGUCGGAGGUUGUGGGUUUCGGUGUUGGAGGUUGAGGUUUCGGAGGGGAAGUGUUUGCAGAAUUUUAUUGCUCUUAAUUAUAUUUCUGCUAGUUAUAGCACCUGAUAAUUUUCCACUUCUUACCAUAUUGACACUUAUCUUCACUACGUAAUUUUGCUCUUUGAUUUCUUAUGCCCUUGUCAGUAAUAUUGCAACUUAGGCGGGUUAGGAGUUAGUUUCCAAUUAGGGAGAGCAUCAGUUACUACCUCACAGAAAAUAUAUGGAUUCACAGCGUCUUGACUUAGACUAGCCUCCAUCUACUUGUUAUUAAUCAACCACCCAGGAACCUCUCUCUCUCUCGUCCUUACAGAUACAGACCCGCAUCUCGCUAGACGUCGAUAUAACUAGCUACUUUCUCAUUUAUGUUGAUGAAGAUUCUUUUUGGACUCGCUCAGCCACGAAUAGGCGAGCCAACAGGAGAAGUCUGCCAAACAGGAAAAUACUCGGAUCUUCUGUUGGACAUGAUUCAUUGAUUAUUUCCUGAGGGAAACCUAAUCUUCAUGUAUGAAGAACUGUGUGACUUUCUGAGCCUCUUGUGGCUUCGUAUCUGUGAUACAUUUACGUAUCAUAGUACUACAUCUAGAUCUAAUCAACUGCUGAACAAAUGGCCACGGUAGCGGGGACCUUCUCCUGGCGAUGGCUUUACGGGAAAGAGCUUCUUGGUAAGACCGAACCGAAUGAGCCAGACAGAGAGCAGCAGAAAGGCUCCGCAGUCGCAAGGCCUGGAUGGACUCUGUGGGAGCGUGAGCGGAGGAACAAGGUUAUGCUGUUUGUAGUUGGUCGAACAAGAUUAUGCUGUUUGUAGUUGCUCGAGGUCGAGUGGACGAUAUCUAGAUGGGUUGGCAGAUAGACUUGACAUGCAAUGAAUACAACAACUAGCAUAUAUUAUAAUGGAGAAAAUUCAACUAAGGACUGCAAAAAUCCGGACAAAGUUCAAUCCUUCCGGGCAUGACGCGAAUCCGCAGAACACUCGCCGCCUACUGCGCUCCCUCCUGGAAAACCCUCACCCAGUUGCGAGCCAAGAACCUCGGGCACCCUCCAAAUCCCCGCGCCCCUCCAGAAUCCCCCAGCACACAUUUGCAGGCUGGCGCGGUGGACUCUGGAGGGGCGCGGGGAAUCACAUGAAACGAAACAAAAAGACAGAAAAACCAAGAGGAAGCAAGUGGCAAAAGCCGCUAAGCGGAGCACUUCCAGGACGAGGAGGCGGCAAUAAAGACCGUUUUUGUGCAGUUCUUAGUUGACUUGACGCCAGUACUUCUAUAGAUGGAUCGAUGAGUGUAUUGCUCUGGUAUUCGGUAGCCUGAUUUUGAUCAUAAGGGAAAACAAGAAGAGAAUCCUUGUGAUCGAAUUCAGGUUACCAAAUACCGGAGCCAUUCAAUGAAUCAGAUAGCCGAGCUAAAGACAACUUUAAUUAACUUUUUUGGUAGGUAUGUAUCAAUCUGGUAUCCCUUAGUUCUUUACGCAGCCUCCAUAUUUGAACAAAUCAGGUUGAGACUUUGAACUAUUUGGGCAGUAUCCUGCAAACAGGACAAGCAGUCGUUGGAUGCGCAUGCAAUCUCUCAACUAUUGCGCUAUACCUCUCACCGGGGACGAUGUCAGUCAGUCACUCACUCAGUCGGUCGCUAAGCCGGCUUCAUAUGCUCUUAUCGAGCUUUUCUUUGUAGAAAACACAUCGGAGCUGAAGGUGAUAUUGGAUGUGGAUUCUCUUUGGAACUCUCAUACAACUCCUUGGGGAGCUGUCCGAGUUGGAUGACGAAGGCGCUUCAAAGCAGAUUCAUUAUCUUAUGAUGCACAAUCUAAAUCGUUGAAAAUACACACUCGUUCGCAACUCAUCUUUUUCGUCUACUUGACACAUACAGAUUCAGAUACUCGACCACUAGUAUCUGAUACUAUCACUUCUGCUUUCGUUUUCGUCUCUAAGAUCUUGAUUGAUGAGGAGAAAACGAUCAUGGGUGUCAAGUUUUACGGUACAAGUUGGAAGCCUUGGUGGGGUGACAGCUUGUGUGCUCCUUUCGGAAGCCAACAAAACCAAAAGUACUUGAACACUUAGAAUGAGCGAGUAACCUCAAUUAGAAUAGCGCUUUCUUAGUUAUCGCUCGUCCUCUGAAUAAGUUUGCGAAAAGAAUUUGAGUUUUUCGAACCAAUGCAUGUUCGACAGUGAGAGACCGAAGUAUUCAAAAGCGACUGCUUGUGCGGAGUCGUGAGCAGUUCUGUAGAAAAAAUACAUCAAAAGAUAACACGACAGAUAUGGCUGUGAGAUAAAAUCCGCGGAUGGCGAUGCCUGGGCCGAGAUACGGGAGAAGCGAUUCGGGCGGGUGCACGACUAUGAUGUGAUUCCCAAUGUUAUGACCGCGAACGAAAUACUACCCAGGACUCACUGCAACUACUUCUGAAAAAGAUUCAUAUUGAAAGAUAUUGCGUAAUUUCACCGACACAGUUGACCGAUGAUCAGUCAGUGAUUGAUGCGUGAACAUCGCAUGACUCUAACCUAAACGUGGAGGUUGUGCUCUCGCAUGCACCGGUGGCACCCACAGUUCCGCAACAGUACGCGGACCUGAAGCUGGAGGAGGACCUAGAACCUAUGGCGCAGCCACUAAUUGAUCUUGGAAGAUUGAACAUCAACUGAGAAGGGAAAUGUCGGCUACUAAUCGAAGAAAGUGGAAGAUUGAUUCAGUUCUGUACUAAGUGCUACAAACUAGAUUCAGUCCUCUUCAUUUGCGAAAUCUCUGUCAAGCAGCUUACGUUAAUAAGGCUCACUUUAAUAGAAGAUUCUUGUUCUCCAUGAUCGAGGAAGCAAGAGUAAAUAAUGAUAAUAGUCAGAAGCAAGUAGAUGAAUGCCUCAGGUGGAGGACUUUAUCGCAUACUGAAGUACUGCUAGUGCAUCUGCAUACUGUUAUUGUUUUUGAACAGUUCAAGGAGAAGACUUGUGACUCGAAUGGUGUCCGCCGUCGUGUAUGAUGUUGCAGGUUGUGACUCGAAUGGUGUCCGCCGUCGUGAAUUUACAAAUAUCACCUACUAGUACUACAAAAACUUGACGCGUUAGCCGCGCUUCGCGAUUCUAUGGUAAGAAGCUUAAAUCCCACAGGUGAUUUGGGUGAAGAAAAUAGAAUAAAUAUUCCAGCAUCUUUCAUACGCGCAACUGAGGGCGUCGAACUGGAAAAUCGGCUUAUGAUGCGUGUGGAUUAGCUCAGAAGAUGUGUCUAAGUAAGGAGUUGGAGCACAAGUCUCUAGCCUUUAGUGGUACAAGCCUGACAUGCUGUACAGGUUUAAGCACAACAUCAAGCUUAUGAUGAAGAAACCUGUCAAGGCUUCUCUUUCGUAUUCCCUUCUAAGCAAAAAUUUUUCCCUUCUAAGCAAAAGUUUUUUGUCGGAAAUUCCGGUCCCACAAUCAAAGGCUCCGGGACGGAGUGGAAUGAAGCGGAUGCUCUGA